CAAGAGAAUGAUAAUUAAAAUAAGAAGAAAAAAAAAGGGUCUUCCAUGUCUGGCUACUGCUACCUUUCUUUCUUUCUUUUCUCUAGCUUCUUAUAGCUCAGCUUUUUGAAGGGUUCUUUGCAGAAUUUGGGAUUUGGAAGCUCUCCAUUUAAGAUAGAAGGAUCGACAUUUUGAUAACACUCGGUUGAGGCUGCUGGUAUCUAGUUAAUCUAUUUCUUCCCGUGCUGCAGUAUGGGAAAGAGGGGAAGUUGGUUUUCUGCAAUUAAAAGAGUUUUCUUACCACAUUCCAAGGAAAAGUUAAAUAAUGAAUCGGACAAAAGAAGUGAUAAAGAAAAGAAGAAAGGCCUAGGAAAAUUAAGGCAUGGAGAAACCAACUCCUUCCUUCCACUAUUCAGAAAGCCCAGCAGUAUUGAGAAAAUUUUUGGGGAGGCUGAACGAGAGCAUAACCUGAUAUUCAGGCCUCCCUCACCUCCGGAGCAGCCAACAACACCGCCCUUUGUGCCUCACAGAUCUGCUUCUCCACGGGUUCCUUCUCCAAGGAUUGCCUCUCCUAGGGUUGCUUCUCCUAGGGCAGCUUUCCUCCCUAGAGCAGCUUCUCCAAGAACUGCUUCCCCUAGAGCUGCUUCUCCACCUCCUCCCCCACGAGCUGCUUCUCCACGAGUAGUUUCUCCAAAAGCUCCUCCUCCUAGGAUUGUUCGUCCUCAACCAGAACCAACUUUAAGGAACCAAAACACUUCAGCAACCCAAAUCCAAGCGGCCUAUAGAGGUUAUAAGGCAAGGAGAAGUUUUAGAGCUUUGAAAGGCCUAGUGAGGCUUCAAGGAGUGGUGAGAGGUCAGAAUGCGAGACGCCAAACUACGAAUGCCAUGAAACAUAUGCAGCUUUUGGUGCGAGUUCAGUCUCAGGUUCGGUCAUCCCGGAUCCAGAUGUUUGAAAACCAAGCACAGGCUCAGUUUAAGAACGAUAAGGAAGCCGAGAGUACCUUGGGCAAAUGGAUAAGCCAGGCAUCUGAGGCAGGAAACGAAAACUGGGAUGAUAGCAUGAUAACAAAAGAGGAAAGAGAAGAAAGAAAGCGGAGAAAAGCAGAGGCAGCCAUUAAGAGAAAAAGGACCAUGGCAUAUGCAUAUUCGAACCAGCUAUGGAGAGCUGGCCCAGAAUCAGGUCACACAGGUGUUUCAGGUCUUUCCAGCGGAUUUCCAUGGUGGUGGAAUCGGUUGGAUCGUCACCUACCUCCAGUCAGUGUUGUUGAAAGCCAAGGCAUGAAGAGUUUCCAACUAACACCAAGGCCAAAUACCGAACUGAAGCCUAGUUCAAGGCCUCCAUCGAGCAGCAGCAAGCAAAGACAGUUCACCUACGACAACAUUACAGAAACUCCAACACCAAAAUCCACAAUUCACUCUGCAACAAGACCGACACGAACACCUCCUUCAAGUUCUAGUAAAAACCAGUACUCAAUAUCAAGGGCUAGUAGAGCUGCUUCACCGUUUGACAUGCACUUUAAGGACAAUGACAGCCUCAUGAGCUGCCCACCAUUUGCGAUUCCCAACUACAUGAAUCCAACAGUUUCAACAAAAACCAAAGCCAGAACUAGCAGUAACCCCAAAGAGAGACACUUUGGAACUCCCCGCAGCGAGUCAAACCGGAGGCUUUCAUACCCAUUUCCACAAGGGAACGGAUCAUUCAGGUCAAACAAAGGGUCUGUAAGCAACAUGAGUGUUGAUUCAACACUUUCUACGCCAACCAAUGCUACGGAUGGAAGAAAGCGAUUUAACAGAUUUGUGUGAUUCAUCUUUUCUCUGAAUCUUAACCCUUGAUUAUUUUUUUAUUAUUCUGGUGUUUUUUCUUAAU